AUGUUAAUACGAUAUUCAAGAUUUCCUCGACUUAUACGAAGUUAUUCAAUUGCCUUAUCUUAUUUAUACAAUAAAGAUCCAAAAUGUAAAUCAUGUGGGAUAAUACUACAGAAUGAUUCACCCGAGAAACCAGGUUAUUAUAUUAGAUAUGAAAAAAAAACACCCGUGGUCAAACAAUCAGAUUUGAUCUACAAGAAAUACAAAUCAAAACUAGAGGAUGAAGAAGUGAUUCAAAUGAAUAAUACAGAAGAUUCAAAUGACUCAAAAACUGUUCUUCUGUGUAUUAGGUGUAGACAAAUUCAAAAUUACUCAAACUUCAAACUUGAAAUAGAUCAAUAUCCUAUCCAUAACCUUUCAACAAUCAUGACAACUUUAAUACCUAGAAAUGCUCCUAUUGUUUACUUAUUCAAUUCUUUAGAUUUUCCGAUGGGUAUAAAUCCUGAAAUUUUCAAGUUUAGAAAACCACAUGAAAUCUUUUUCAUCAUGACGAAAUCUGAUAAUUUAAUACAAAAAGAAACGGCCUAUGAAAAUUAUACAAAACAAUUCAUAGAAGAUUAUCUAAACAAGAAAUAUGAUGUGCCUAAAGAAAACAUAUUUAUAACAUCUGGUAAGAAAAAUUGGAAAACUUUUGAUUUAUAUAAUGGUAUUCCUGAUCAAUCUUAUAUUAUAGGCUCAACAAAUUGUGGUAAGUCAACAUUAAUUAACUCAUUACUACUCAAUAAAGAAUUAAAAUCAAAUUCAAGUAUGUCAUUUCAAAAACGGAAAAAAUUCAUGAAUCGAUUCAAAAAUGGUGAUGGGCCUGGUACAAGUUAUUUACCUGGAUAUACUAGAGACAUUAUACCUGUUCAAAUUGGAAACAAGACAUUUUUUGAUGUUCCUGGAUUUACUACUACUUCGAAUUUACUCAACUUUUAUAAGAGCAUGUCUGGAAAGUCAAUAAAUCAAGUAAUUAAAGGAAAACAAAUGUAUAAACAUGGAACAUUCAAAUCAGAAUACUUUACAAUAAAAAACAAACAAAUAUUAAACUUACAAGGCUUAGGCUAUGUUGUCAUUCCAUCUGAUUCAAUUUUUCAAAUUAGAAAUGUCACAAAUCUCAAUUUAUCAAUUCAAAAAGAUUUAGAAAAAGUCCAACAGUUGAUUAAAGAUACCCCUGUUUCAAUGAAAGAUAAUUUCCUAACUAAUGUGCCGUUGAAGUCUAUGGAUAAAUAUAUUGUUCCUCCAUUUUUUGGACCUGUUGAUCUUGUUCUUGAAAAUAUUGGAUAUAUCAACAUAAAACCAACAGGAAAGAAAUUAAGUAAUGAGUUGAUUGAAAUAUAUCUCAUACCUGGUUUACAAGCUGUAUUAAGGCAACUGAUUUUGAGUUAUUUAAGUAAAAGUUUUACUGGUUUGGAUAAAAAUUAUAAUCCAUUAAGAAAAGAAAAUUGGUAUGAGAAGAGCACAUUGAAGUUGAAGAGAUAUAAUGAAGCGGAACCAUUUCAUAGUAAGUUGAUCAAAGUUAAUGAAGAAGAUAGAAUUGGAAAUGGGCUGAACGAGGAAGUUUUGAGGAAGAAAUUAGGUGUAAUCUAUGACGAAAGUGUUAAGAUUGAUGAUAAUAAUAAAUACUUAUUCUGGAGGGAAUAG